AUGGCGGACGAUGAGAAAAGGGUGUUCGCCUUAAUUAGCGCCAUCGGCACGAUUCGCGAUCAGCUGCGACAGAACAUCGACGGCUUGCGACAUAUCCACAAUCGUUGGAGAGAUAGCGAUGGCUCUUCCAUCAACCUCAUCGCGCAACUAACAGCAUUGAAGUCUAGUCUCGGUAACAUCCUGGACUGGCUCAAUUAUGCUAUUAGCGACCUCCAUCCACAACUGGUAUCCGACUUGGACGUACUAGCGCAUUCUUGUGGGCUGCUGGUACGCCAUGUAGAUGCCCUGAAUGCGCGUCUGGACUACCGGGACCAUGGUGCUGUCGAUGUCGCUUCCAAACUAAAAUACAGCGUCGCUAGUAGAUCUAUGGAGCGAUUGCAGCAGGUUGCGCAACGACAGAAUGACGCCGUGAACUUGUUACUUGCGGCAUGCCAAUGUACUGCACAAGCGCAACGAAAGAUCCUGCUUCAUAAGAGCCGCCAGAUCAGGAAGGAAGAUGCGGCAAAUCUGAGGACCCUCACCCAAUCCUCGAAAUUAAACGGCGCUUGCAUUACAAGCCUUGCGCAAUUAUCGCGAUUCAUCCAAUGGCUCAGACUAUUGUUCCACAUGAAGAUUGUGCGGAACGAUUUCGAUGGAACGAUCACACCAUCGGACGAAGAGUACGAGCAUAUGGCAGCAAUCAACCGGUCCGAAGCAAUAGAUCGCGCUUUGGAGAGAGAAGCUACUAACCUUCGGCACGAGACUAAGCUGGUCCUUGUAGGCAAUCCACAGGGUGGCAAAGAGCUGAUAAUGCAUCAGCUGAAAGUGCAGUUCGCCGAAGGUUAUGAUAAGACGGAAGAACGAUUGAAGUACCGCCCCGCAGUUUACCAAGUUGUAAGAUCGCUCAUAUCGUCGAUCACGAACUUACUCACAGAAACUGGCGUUACGCUCUCUGCCGAACUGACCCACGACUUCGCCAUCUUGUUGCACGAGCUAGACGCCAGAGAGGACGGCAUAUCGUCUGACGCCGUCAAGGCAAUCACCAGAAUCUGGUCCUGUCCCGAAUUCUCCAAACUAUACGUCCGGAACUUCGAGAUCGAAUUCCCGCAGUACGCGCCAUACUUCGUGCAAGAAGCACCACGCAUAGCCGAGGAAGAUUAUGUCCCUAGCGAGGCCGACAUCAUUCGCCUAACCCGAUCUGGUGGUGGCAUCAACGAAACACGCUUCAACUGGGACGAGCUAGAUAUCCACCUCUUCAACAUCAAAGGCUACGUCCCUCAACACUUCAAGGAGCGCUGGUACCAUCAACUCGAAGACGCGACUGCCGUCAUCUUCACUGUCGACGUAUCCCUCUACAACAAGCCCAGCCCCGAACGGCCCUCCGAAUCCAUCCUAGUCCACGAAUUCGAAGGCUUCGAACAAUGGGUAAAUCGUCCCGGUUUCGCCAAAUCUACCAUCAUCCUCAUCCUGAACAACUUUACCCGCUUCGUGAGCAAAAUGGCUUAUGCACCCCUGGAAAAGCUCUUCCCCGAUUACGUCCGCAACGAAUCCGAUCCGGAAUUGAGUGCACGCCAAUACAUUCUCCGGCGUUUCAAGAACAUGAAUCAUCAGUGUCUCUCCAUCUUUUCCUUCUGGGUCGAUUUGGAUUCAAGCGACAAUCAGCACUUGUACGGUGCGCUUAAGAAGACGCUGAGCCAGGUUCAGGCGAGGAAGGCGCAGGAACAGGCUUGGUCUGAAGGGCUUUCGGCUACGACAGAGUCGGAUAGGCCGUCUACGAAUGGGCUGUCGGUUGCGCUGAGUCCGACAAGGAGUCGAAGUCGAAGUCGGGGGAAGAAGAAGUAG